CGGCGUGGUUGCUAAACAACCAAACGGUUUGGCAACAGGUCCUCUGCUGAAGUUGGCGUGGCGACAGUCUCCUCACCCGGUCUGCCCUCGCGGAACUGAGCUAGUUAGAGAUGCAGGUGCGCUUUGGGCGGCGCUCCGGACGGACGAAGGGGAGCACAGGAAUGAAGAACUCUGAAAAAGAAGAAAUUCCCUAUCCACCUCUCCUGCCUAGCAAGGUAGAUCUCCAGCAGGUCACCAUAAUCCCACAUGCCGAGUGGGAAAGGAUUCGGGAUAGCCUCGGCAGGCUGACGAGAGAAGCGGCGGCCCUUCGUGCAGAAAGAACAGCAAAGAAGAAGAUGCACGUCCAGUCCCAGGAACUGGUAAAACACUGGACCAACACAUAUGCAGGAAUGAAAGAACAGAAACUUAAAGCCAAGCAAAAACGUGAUGAAGAGAUUGAGGCUGAAAGACAAAUUCUUGAUUUGGAGGAAGAAAUAUACAAACAAGGAGAACGGAAGAAGGCCAUUGAAAACGCAAAGCAGUAUCAGUUUUACCAGACAGAAAGAGUGAAAAGCUUUCAUUCAGGACUUCUUCUCAGUAGAGUUAUGAAGGAGCGCGAUGCCCAAAUUCAGUUUAAAAAGAAUUCAGUCAAAUCAGACAAGAAAUGGGAGGAACAGGUGAGACUCAACGUGGAAAAAGCUAUUAAAGAAGAGCAAGAGAAAGAAGAAAAACAGCGCAGAGAAAGAUGUGCCCUUGCUGAAGACCAUCUGAAGCAAAUAAAGCAACAUGAAGAGGAAGAAGAAAAAAGGAAAAAAAAUGAAGAAAAAGAUGCUGAGGAGAUAAAGCGGCAGAAUUUGCUGUAUGAAAUAGAAAUGAAAAAGAAACUAAGCAAGAAACAGGAAGAGAUCAAUGAAAGCAGGAAACUGUUCUUUGAUCAUAUGCACGACAAAAACAUCAUCCGAGCUGUAGAGCAGCAGCAGCAGGAGGAGGAAGAGGAGAAGAUCAGAAAGUUUAUCAAAGCCAAGAAACGCCUCAUACAGAUGAGGCAGGACAAGGAAGCUGAAACCAACAGGCUGAUGGAAGAGCGGAGAGAAAGAAUAAAUAACUUCCUAAGUGAACUAAUGAAAGAGAAACUUGAUACUGAAGAUUUGAUUAUUGCUAGAGAUAUUGCUGAAGCUGAGGCUGAACUGGAGAGAAGAGAAAAAGAAAAAUAUGAAAAAAUUCAAGCAGAGCUGAAGUCAAUUGCAGAUCAUAGAGCCUCUGUGAUGAAAAAUAAAGAGGAAGAAGAAAGGCAAAGACAAAUAGAGUCUAAAGAAGAGUUGCUGGCUGUCUUGAAGGCAGACAAGAUUUUCCAGGAUCUUGAAAAGGAGAAAAAGCUCAAAACCAGCAAAAAGAAACGAGAAAUUCAAGAUGCUCACGUUCAGCAAAUGGCCAUAAAUAAAUUUAAUGCAAAACAAUCAAAAGAAGAAGAAUUAGAUUACUGGAGACUUACUGAAGCCCUUGCAGCUGAGAAGGAGAAAGAAUUUCAGAAUUAUGCCAGAGAAGUAAUUGACUCUGAAUCUGAAUCAACAAAGAAAUACACUUACCCUCUGGUAAGAGCUGUACAGGAAGGCGUGGGAGGUGGCCGUGGACCACCCUUCGUAGGCAGGGGUGGGAUACGACCAAGCUACCAGACAAACGAUGCCACUGGUGUCCAGCUCCCUUUUUAUAACUCUCAAGGAUCAAAGUAUAAUGAUUUUCAGAAGUCGAAGAGGAGGCUGGGUUUUACAUGGUAAAGAAGUUUAUUUUUAUGAUUGAUAAAAUUUAUUGUAGCAAGUAUAAGCUACAAAUAUAAUGGA